ACGCAGUCUACUGGUUGUCAUGUUUCAGCCUUCUACUUCCUUCCGUGUUCGUCAUGUUUUUUCUGAUAUCCUAUAUGCAAUGCCUUCAAAAAUUCAAAAGAAGAGGAGUUUCGUGUGAUGCAGCCAGGUAGGUAUUGUUGAUUGUGGAUUACAACAAAAAAAAUUAUUCCAUUGCAAAGCCCUUUUUCUUUCUGGACCCUCGGCUGUUGGCUAUACUUGACGAUAGUGCCCAAAGCUGCCCUUGUUUAGUAGCGCUGGAAACUGGAAAGAGGGAAAUGCCAAAGCCUGGCAGUCGAGGGGUGAAUUGGGAACAACCGGACUCUGGCAAGGACCAAAGUGCAAAAUCAGCCAUUAACUGAAAAUAACUUCCUUCCACUGGCCACACGAAAACCAAUUGCCAGUUGCCACUCAGAUUCCGGGUCGUCGUCCCAGGAGAGGCAAGGAUUUAUUCAGACCAAGUGAUCUCUUCUCCAUAUGCCUCGUAGCACAAAUCCAUCCGAUGAUGAAAAUAUCAAUCCUACCGCGAAUGCAGCUUUGGCAACAACGUCAGCUUCUGUGCCGUCCAGGAAAUCAUGGCUCCCGGCAGGCUUUGGAGGGAGUGGCAAGCAUGGUGCCACGAUCGACAUUCCCCUCGAGGAUCCAAAGAAGAAGGAGAGAGAGCUGUUGUCAUGGGAGCAGGAUUUGAAGCGGCGGGAACAGGAUAUCAAACGAAGGGAGGAUGCAAUGAACAGAGCCGGUGUCGUCGUGGAAGUGAGAAAUUGGCCAGAGUUCUAUCCCAUCAUACAUCAUGAUAUAGCCAAUGAGAUACCGAUCCAUGCUCAGAAGCUACAGUACACGGCAUUUGCUAGUUGGCUAGGACUGAUUGCAUGUCUCCUUUGGAACUUUUUAGCUGUCUUAGUUGAGUCAAUUCGCAGCGAAGAUAUUGUAAGUUUUCUCCUCGCUGUAAUCUAUGCGAUGUCUGGGUGUCCACUUUCAUACAUACUUUGGUACAGGCCUCUGUACCGUGCCAUGAGAACUGACAGCGUGGUAACCUUUGGCCAGUUUUUCGUCUUCUACUCGAUUCAUGUUGGGUUUUGUGUCAUUGCUGCAAUUGCUCCUCCGAUAAUAUUUAGGGGGAAAACUCUUACGGGCAUUCUUGUUGCAAUCGAAGUUUUGGCUGGAGAUAUGUUCGUCGGGGUACUUUAUUUUAUCGGCUUUGUAUUCUUUGCCUUGGAAUCUCUUAUAAGCAUCUGGGUGCUGGAGAGAGUGUACAUGUACUUCAGAGGGCACAGGUGAAGACCAGCGAAGAUAUGAUAAAAUUGUCCACAGAAGCAGUUUCUCUGAAAUCGAUAUCAGGGUGUAAAACAGAAAGUUAAAGAUUGGAAAAUAAUGAAUUUGCUGCUGCCUAGUUCUUGCUGUGUCUAGGUCUAUUAUUGCUAUAAGGUUAUUUUAUGAUAACACUGAUAUAGUUUACGGCUACCUCAUUAUAUUUGUCUUGUAUUAGUUUCUCUCUUCAAAAGUACCAGUUGCAGAGUUGUACAGAGGAAAUGUUAUGAUCAGAUGUUAGCUACGGUCAAGG